CUCGCUUGGCACAGUGAAUAUUGAAAUGACGGAGAAUCGAAUUGGCGUUAUCGUUGUGCAAUGCCUCUUUAUCAACGAUAGCAAUACUCGAGGGGUAAUUUCUCGUCGUUCGUGAAAAUGUAGACCAGUUAACGUAUGACAAACGUUUCACACGGUCAUAGAAAACUGACUCGAUCUAUAGCAGAAGCGGUCGAGUGGCCAGAAAAAUAUAAACAGAAGCAGAGGUCGGCCGAUGAUUUCCUGAAUAUUUCGUGAGAAACCUUGAAAAAUGAGGCGAAAAAAUAUGCAAUCAUGGUGUUGAAGCGUUGCGGUGGCGGCUCAAUUAUUCAUCGGAGGGAAUUAUUUAACGUCGAAAAUGGAGCAGAUUACGACGCUGGAAAAAGAACGACGUCUACGCUCGCUCAGAUCGUGCAAGUUCUCGAGGAACGAGACACCAAGUGGAUCCUCGGUUUGAUCACUUACAACAUCGUGAUUAUUUACCAUCUGCGCGAGUGGGUAACUGCGACAAACAGUGUAGGUUUGUACGCGUAUGCGAAUAUGAUUUGUUUCGACAUUUGUGCUCUCUCGGUUUGCCUCGUCUCUGUGUGGGUGGAACAAAACAGUCGAGCGAGGAGAAAUAAUCUCGUGGGAGAAUCUCGAGCGAUACCGAUCGGCGCUGGACCCUCGAGAUUUGUAGGCACCUCCGGACUUCCGGGCUACUGCGGAACUUUUCAUUCACGUUUUCAAGUGUCUUUCAAAGACUUUCCUCAUGGAGAAUUCGAAAAGCGGGCGACGUUUCUCAACGGGGGAGAGAAAAAUGAGAAAGUUCGGAAACACGCGUCCUCUGAGAGCGAGGGAAACGAGAAUUUCGUUUACAAGUCAAUAUCUUCCCUCGGUCUCGAGAAAUACGAGGUUUUCGCCCUCCUUGUUUCUGCCUGCUUGUCGCUCCUCGCUGGCUCUCUCCUAUCCGCUAAAGUCGUCGCACGUUUGACCGAUCAACCCAAAGUGCACACUGGACGUCUCGGCCUUGGCAUUCUUCUCGGAUUCCUGGCUCAUCUUGGUACCAUUGUUGGUUAUCCUGACGCUGGAUUGGAUCACGUUGUGUGCAAAGCCCUACCUUGUCCAACGCUAAGAGGAUGCAAUCCGAUAUUGGGUGGGAAUAUGAUAAGUGGAGCGAUUCUUAGCGUCGCAUACUUCGUCAUCCACUUUUGGAAAAUUCACUCGGCCGACACAGCUGCAGCCUUUGCAGUUCUCGCUCUCACAGCCUCCUCCAUGCUGCCCUUGGCUUUCUACACGUUCAACAUCAUCUUGCAGAGGUUGCCACGCUGCAUGUAUAAACAGCUGGACGAAUGCCUUCGCGAGGCUCUCAUCAUCGACGGCGUGGUGGAAUUCCGGAAUGAGAGAUUUUGGACCAAGUCGUUUGGAAAACUCGCUGGAACGCUUCAAGUUCGCAUACGACAAAAUUCGAAUGAGAGUCAUGUUCUCAACUGCGUGAUGUUACGUCUUUCGAAGAUAGUUUCAACCCUGACGAUUGAGGAAUUUCGUGAAGCUCGUAAUAACGAUAUUUCCGGUGAUGAUCCGAGCGAGUGCGAGUAUUAUAUAAACGAGAUUUUGUCGUCACGUGACGAAAAUAUCGACGCUGCCUCGUGGCCAAAUUAUCGAGCUUCAACUCCUACAUUUGAGGAGCACGUGAGCCUUCUCAGAAUCGAGGAUAUUAUCGCCGGCGACAAUUUUCGUCUUGAGACUGUUCCUGAAAAGCCACGAAAAGCAGAUAUUUCUUGUCGAGUACUCGAGAAACGUAAAAAUUUUAAAAAUCACCAAAAAUCCAUUAUUUUCAAGUACAAAAAUAUUUUCUACAAAGAUUAUCUUUGGCGUGGCGAUUGGACGAAAAAAAAUGCACUAUUCAGCGGCACGCAAAUAGACUUCGAACGUUUUCAUCACUUUUUCGUUCCUCCGCAAACUACUUAUCACAAGGAAAACGAAACUUUUGCAUGACUCGGAGGAUUUUAGUGUCAUUGCAUUAUUAUUCGAUUUACCAUUUUGACAAAAUUAAUAUUGUUCUCAAUUUAUAAUCUGCUCAGUACAGUAAAUAGAGAGUGAAAAAAAUGGUUAUUGUA